AUGCCCCAUCCCAUCCAUCUACUUGCUUGCAGGGGCUUUGCGGCAGAAGGUGGCGAUGGCAUGUCGAAGACGAAUGGCGUGCUCGAGCAUGAGGCAGCAGCCCCAGCAGCUGCAGCCCCUGAAACGGCCACCGCAGCAGCAGCAGCUCCAGGAGCCGCCGCCCCAGCAGCAGCCCCUGGGGCCGCCCCAGUAGCAGCAGCCCCGGGAGCAGCCGCCCCAGCAGCUGCUGCCUCUGGAGCGGCCACCCCAGCAGCAGCAGCUUGUGGAGCAGCCGCCCCACCAGCAGCCCCGGGAGCAGCCGCCCCGACAGCAGCUGCCUCUGGAGCGGCCACCCCAGCAGCAAUUGCCUCUGGAGCGGCCACCCCAGCAGCAGCAGCCCCUGGAGCCGCCCCAGCAGCAACUCCCUCUGGAGCGGCCACCCCAGCAGCAGCAGCCCCUGGAGCCGCCCCAGCAGCAGCAGCCCAGGGAGCAGCCGCCCCAGCCGCAGCCCCUGGAGGAGCCACCGCAGCAGCAGCAGCCCCAGGAGCAGCAGCCCCUGGAGCAGCAGCAGCAGCGGUAGCCCUGGGAGCAGCUGCCCCAGCAGCAGCCCCUGGAGCCGCCCCAGCAGCAGCAGCCCCGGGAGCAGCUGCCCCAGCAGCAGCAGCCCCGGGACCAGCCGCCCCAGCCGCAGCCACUGGAGCAGCCGCCCCAGCAGCAGCCGCCUCUGGGGCGGCCACCCAAGCUGCAGCAGCCCGUGGAGCAGCAUCAGCCGCCCCAGCAGCAGCCCCUGGAGGAGCCACCGCAGCAGCAGCAGCAGCUCCAGGAGCAGCCGCCCCAGCAUCAGCCCCUGGAGCCGCCUCAGCAGCAGCCCCUGGAGCAGCAGCCCCAGCAGCAGCAGCCACUGGAGCAGCCGCACCAACAGCAGCCGCCCCUGGCCCCUGCAGCAGCCGCUCAUGGACUAGGUGCAGCCGUGGGGGGUGA